UUAACAGGUAAUGACCCUGAUGAUGAAAUGUCACAUCCAGUGGAAAAGCCCAGGAAGUGAUGUCAAGGCAGCGGAAGCUGCUGAUUGGACAGGAGAUUCCUGGGCAGCAGCUAUAAAACCUGAUGAGAAGACACAGAAACAGAGAGAAGAGACGACACAGCAGGACACACACUCCUCAGAGAUCCAACUGCAGACCGAAGAUGCAGCUUUGUGGCUGUUUGCUUGUCUCCUGCGUGCUGUCCAUCACGCUGCUCCACUGCAGUGUCAGCAGCUUCAGAGUCCAGCCUGCUCAGCAUGUAGUCCAGUCCAUGUCGAGGUCUUUACAGGCAUUUCGGCCUCGUCCCGGAGCAGCGAAGGCAGGGGAGGAGCUAACGGCGAAGCUGCUCCGACUGGACGACCUGAGGAGGAUGGAGAAUGACGUCAUGGAGCCAAAGAGGAGGAGGAGUUUCCCUGGCAACAACGCCCCGCUGGACCGCCUGUCGGUCAGCUCCAUGGAAACCAAACAGGGAACAAACAAGAGCAAGCUAGUCGAGUUGCCACGGCGACGCGUCAAUCCACCUCCCAUCGACAGGAUUGGAAUGAGUCGUCUACCAAACAGUCGAGGAUAGACCACGCCCCCUCCACCUGACAGCCCAACUCUACUCGACACGCCCUCCUCUGGACAGAGGACUCACCACGGAUGCAUGAAACAGCCAAUCACCAGCCGCCUGUCACCUGCUGAGCCACGCCUGUCAAUCAUCCACUUUCACUUCACCUGGACACGCCCACACCCUGACCCCACACAGCCUUGAAUGUUUCAUGAUGGUGCUUUCAGGUGCUGCUUGGCAUAAUUUUCACCCGCCGGGACAGGAUCAUAGAUCAGAUCAGGUUUCACGUCCAGACCAGCAGACAGUCAGUCAGAUUGUAGUCACAUUCAGAACCUUUAAAAUCCUCCACUCAACUCAAAUGACUGAAACAAAAGACAAACAGUGAAACAGUGCGGCAGAAAGUCAGAGUUUGACUUCACAGGAUUCCCAGUCAGGGUCGAUAUGAACACAUUUCAGUCCUGAAUAAACAGCAGGUUUUGACUUUAAAUCUGUCACAUAUAAAAUGUUUUUCAGAAAAUGAAUGGAUUGUGUUCCACCCACUGAAUAAGAUAAGAUAAUAAGAUAAGCCUUUAUUAGUCCCAUAACUGGGAAAUAACAGAAUGAAUGGAGUCGGUAGCAUCAAAACAAGUCAAGCCAUGAAAGUCAGGUCAGAUUUCUAAAGUUUUUGACUUGUUUCUUGGCUCAGGCGGCUCCUGCUUUAAAUCAGAACUCAAACCACCAGCGAGGCGAGCCAGCAGCGGAGCUUUUCUCAGUUACUGCAAUGACUGAAAUGAAAAUGUCAGCAGAAUAAACAACAAACAGGAAGAAGCUCAGAGAUGUCAGUCGCCAUCUGUUUUGAUAAUCAAUUCAUUGUUUCAGUCAAUUUUCAAUUAGAAAUGUCAGAUAUUUGCUGGUUCUUGUCGAAUGUCAGGAUUUGCUGCUUUUCUUUGACAGUUCUGACAGUAAACGAAGAGUCUUUGGGUUUUGGAUUGUAGGCAGGACAAAAGAAGAAAUCUUUGGGUCUGAGAAACACGGAUGGAGUAUUUUUCUCAUUUGUUUUCAGUGAUUGAUUGUGAAAACCAAAGUCACAUUAAUCGAUUAUGAAACUAACGCAGCCAUGUUAGUGACCGAUUAUGUUAGCAGUUUUCUCACGACCAAACCUCCAAUCAUCACGUCGUCAGCCUUUAGCGGCACAUAAUCCACAGAGAGAUCUUUAAACUCACAUUUAACUUCCUGACAGACGCUGAACCGGAUCAGUCUGGGUUCAGCAGUUCCUCUACAGGUCUCAUCUCAAAAAGCUGAGUUUAGAUGAACAUUUUUUUUCUUUCAGUGCAAUCCACGUCUGCCUGCAGGCACAGACAUCCUGAAAGCUGACUUUCGGCAUCACCUGAACGCACCAUCACUCCCCUCCUGUGACUGGAGGCCUCUGACGCCUCGACACUUAAAACUGAUCAUGUGACACGACUUUCUGAAGCAGGUCUGUUCAUGGUAGGACGGCAUGGCGAGGCGUUUCCACUGCACCAGGACACGGGGGACACGGGAGACAGGGGGGACAUGUCUGUAUGCAGGAGGACAGCAUUGGUACAUUUACAACGUAAAUACAUGAGAACCGUGACCACCAUCAGCUCAGCGUUGAGGUCAGUGUGAAGGAACUUCAACUCCCAGUCGUUUGAGUCUGUUUCAAAGGAAGUGCGUCUCGAGGGGAAAGAAGCUUCUUCACGUCCUUUCAGAGAAGCAGAUGUUUUAAUUUAAUGGCUUCAUUAAACUGCUGAGUCAGCAUGUUGAACACAAAUCUGGAGUGAGGCUGCAGUUAGCCUAGCUUAGCAUAAAGAGUGGACACAGGGGGAGACCGCUAGUGUGGCGCAGAUCAACACGCUGCAUCUCUGCCCUCCAGUCUUUGUGCUAAGCUAAGCUAACUGCAGCAGAGACGAGCCUGAAACAUCUCACUCUCCGACAGGAAGCCUAAUUUGCUGAACUAUUCCUGGAUAGAUUCUUUUGACAUCGCAGUACAGAUGCAUGUGCAUCAACUCAACAGGUUUUCCUGUUAGAAAGGUUUCAUUGGAUAUUAAUGGAAAGGGAGCAAAAACCAAAAACAUCAGAAUGCUCCUUUAAUAAGAGCAUCAGACUCCAGUUGUCCACCACAGCUUGUGUUGCCUCUCAAAAAUAAACGACUUCCUGUCAGCAGCCUUUAAAACCAGCCGCUAUCAGCUGGUUUGAGUGCUGCACCAGCAGUUUCACUGCACGACGUGAACCUUAACUGAUUUACAGUCGGACCGAGUCCAGAACGACCUGCCGGUGCAGAGGAGGCGCUUCCUCGCCACGGUCUGAGGUGGCCUCGUUCCUGUCCACGUCCAGUCCUGCUCCACUGCUUCUGUUUUUAAACGCUUCUUACUGCCUCACGUUUAACUGCACAAUAAAGAGUAAAAGAUCGCAAAAGUCGUUUUGUCAUCACACAGGAGUUCAG